AUGACCUACCCCGGAUUUAUACCGUUUGACCAAGCUCACCCUGUUCCCAGACACUUGAAGCGGGUAUUUGGAUAUGCCCGACCCUCCGAUUGGGCCGUCGCAGGCGGCAUGGCCUCCGCCGCUCCUAUCUCCUUCUGGGUGAUGGAAAGAGCCAGCCCGUCGCAUGUCGGCCGUGGUGGUUUUGCCCCAGUCAUGCGCCUCGCCACUGCCGUCGGUCUGCUUGGCGGUCUUCACGUCCUCUACCAGCGUUCUUGCCAACGCUUCUACGGUUUCACCGAGAACAGCAGAGAGGUCGAGCGGGACACACGCGAGAUGGUCGACAAGGUGAAGAAAGGCGAGCCUUUGUACGGCAAGUCCCAGAUGUCCUCCUACCUGCAGGGCAUGGCUGCUCGUAACUCGCGGUACUCGGAACUCUUCAUCCACGUCAUCCCAUGGAUCAAUGUCGUCAACCACGACCAGCACGGUGUUGACACGGCCAAGUACUACCAACAAGCCGAGCGGGAGUUGGAGGCAGAGCGAACUGGCUCCUCAUGA